AGUAACCAGUACGGAGGUACUCCGUAUACGUGUCAUAUUAUUUGUCGGGUACAAUAGAGGAAAGAGAAGAGGACAGUGGUGGCGCUGUCUUCAAUGACUUCCGAAGAACUCGAUGCCAGAAAUAGAUCCUUUCACUUCAUUUGGUGUUGUGCUCACUUCCCUUUUAGUCACGAUGAGUUCGAAUCUUUGCUGUCACCAUCUGGUACGUGGAACCUCCAACCUGUUUCACGAGAUAUUAGAGGCCCUUGAGAUCGGGGGCAUGCGACCCCGAGAGACGUCAUCUCUCCGUUCCCUGUCCACCACCCGAUUGGAGGGAUAUCUUAUAUGUACAGUCCGAAUUAAUCCGCGCUCGGGUCGAAAUGAUCCAUCCAGUAUCGUUCCCGUUCUCCUGACGACGGCAUACGUGCACCUCAUCAGUCCGAUGAUCCCACAAAACUCUCCGCAUCGACAUCCCACGGGUCCAUCCCGCCCCAUACAUCCCCGCCGAUUUAACCGUUAGCCCGCAAGAGGUACAGCAUGCGCGUACGGAUCUUUAUAUCCGGACAAUAAUUCCGCUUCAUCCCUUCAUUUCUACCCUCUCGACCUUUUA